AUGCCUGCGCCACAGAGGUCUGUCUGCGACCUCCGAUGGUUGAAGCCAGCCUCCUCUGCAAUCUUCCGCGAUGUUUCUCUGGAUACUCUGACACGAAUCGACCCGCGUUCGGAAGAAUUCAACGACGCUUGCAUCUCUCUAGUCGCAUCAUCCUCGACACUUGGUUGUUUCAUAGCAAUAUCGAUUACGCAACGCGCCUUCAACAUGGCAGGGUUUCUGUCACAGCUGGCUGGCAAAAUCGACUGGGACGCUGCAGCUCAUGGCACCGCCGACUACAUCUCAGACGUCGCCAAUCACAUUGACACUACAGCAGCAAAAGAGAAGAUGCUAGCUUCCGAGACGAACAAAGAAUAUAAAGAUAUCAGCAAUCAGUCCAUCCAAGCAAUCACACGCGAAGUCACUGAGAGGGUGCUUUUAGAUUUGGACUCUCGCUACAUGUCAACAACGAGCUCACCAAGGUCCUCAUUUCUCGAUCGACGAACACCUUUCUAUCCCAACGGAGACUCUCCUACGAAAGAAUCUCUACGACUUGUUGGUAGCGACAGCAAGGCAUUAGCUGAGAACGACUUAUCGUGUGUCCUGUACUCUCGACCAGGCGAGGACCCUAGAUCUGCUUGUCCACCCGACGCAUCAACUCCGACGACAAAUACACCCUCAAUCUCAGGUUCAUCAAGCACUUCAGCAUUAUCGCUCAUCACUCACCAGUCUACGUCUGCUGGUAGAAUGGCUCCACCUUUGAACCCUCGAUUCAUGAACCCCUCCGAAGGGUCGAGUAGUCUCAAGCGGUUCUUCAUGCUGUUCCUCCGACGCUACGCGUGCAAGUCCGGUUACGCGAUGGUCCAAGAUACAUUCGGCUCUGAGGUGGCUGCACUCGCGAGACUCUGGUCAACAUUCUCAAACGUCAUCAAUGUCAUCGCACUCAUUCGCGAUAUCUUCAGGUUCGUCGGAAGUAUGAAUUCUUCACUGUCACAAAUUCCUGGCAAAAUCCUGGAGUCAGUCAAGACGAACCACAUGGUCCGGAUGAGAACAUAUCUGGGCACAGAGCUCGCUACCAAUGCGUUAGAGUGGAUAAAGGCUGCGAAGAAGAAGAAAGGCUCAGAUCUUUCGCGUAUCGAUCGAGCUAAAUUAUUCCUCAUGCGUAAAGCUCUAGCUAGACCCUGCAGGUUCUUUACGGCCAGCACCCAUGAAGGCGAUGAGCACGAUGCUUCUGAGCAGGACGCGGACAAAGACAACGGAAAAAAGGACGAUGAGAAGAGGGGCAAGCUGAGAAUCGACGAGAGAGAAUACGUUACGGACUUCUUCAUCUACCGCGGCAAACUCAUUCUAUUCGAGGAAAGCGAAUCGGAGAACGAAAACAACGUUCUGGAUUUCUUCUGCCUGGACAAGUCCACCAAGGUGCUUGAAGACUGGCUUGAGGAAGUGAAUAAGUCUGCUCAACAGAAGGGCAAGGUACGCAUCUUUACCUACUCUGGCGGCACUUCAUGGACUUUGUUGAAGUCCAAAAUACAGCGCGCCGUGGAGAACGUGUGGAUGGAAGACGAUCUCCGAGCCGACAUAUUGUCUGAAAUUACAGCGUACUACGAAGAAGAUGAGGCAGUCGCCCGAAGUCUCGGCAUUCCAUGGCGGAAAGGGUAUCUUUUCCACGGUAAACCAGGGACUGGGAAGACCACGCUUGCAUAUGCUCUAGCUGGACACUUUGGAAUGCGAGUCCACGUGCUAUCCCUGACACAUCCGAAUCUGGACGAUGAAAUGCUUCUCAAGCUCGGUGAGGCUCUUGGCGAAAAAGACCUCCUCUUACUUGAGGACAUCGAUUGCGUUGGCCUAUCUCGGCAACGUACAGCUCCAAUAGUCAACUCAAGAUCAAAACAUGACAUCAGGUCUGUACAGCUAUCCAUGCGAAGUCAAUAUCCUGAGAAGUCCAGCAACACACAGCGACGACAACACGCGCACCAGCGUCGCAUUGCUCAGCUAUCUCACAAACCAGGAGACAAGGGUGCAUACCGUCGAUGGCAGCGUGACCAACUUCUGGACGAGAAUGCGGAAUCGGAGUCUGGAUACGAUGAGGGCAGUUGGCAUGAAGAGGAGGAAGAACAGGAAGAAGAACCAUCGCAGUCCCCGAAUCGUGUCACACUCGCCGGCCUGCUCAACAUGCUCGACAGUGGCCGUGCUCCCGAAGGCCACAUCGUCGUCAUGACCACCAACCACAAGGAUGUCCUUGACGAUGCUCUAAUUCGCCACGGUCGCGUCUCCCGUCAAAUCGAAUUCAAGUAUAUCACCAAGUCGAUCGCGAAGCAGAUGUUCACCAAGAUGUACGAUGUCAAAUCGCGAAAGGCGGUGAACUAUAGUGGGGCGCAAAUCCCUUUCCUUGCCGAAGACUUUGCAAGGAAUUGCCCGGAGGGAGUACUGUCUCCAGCUGCCAUUCAGGACUUCAUCUUCGCGCGCAAGCAGAAUCCGAAACGAGCAGUUGAUGAGAUCAAGCAGUGGGCGGCAGCGAGGAGAGAGCGGAGAUUGAGAAGAGAGGCGAUGCCUUGCAUGAUGAAACCGUUGUCGCGCCUGUCAAUGGAUCUUGAGAAAUGCGAAGCGGGGGCCAAGAUUAAGCUGCCCCGAUUACAAUCGAAUUCGCAUUCCGAGAUGACCCAUGUAUCCUUUCCUGGCAAGCAAGGUUUCUCAGCGGUUACGUAG